UUUGACUACUUGAAGUACUUCCGUCCAAUGCGGCGUCGUUUGGUAAUGCCAUUUUGUUCGUCUUCUUCUUCACAACUCUCUCUCUCUCACUUCACUGCCACCAUUGGACAUUGUUGAAUUGAACCCACUCUGUUCUUCGUCUCUGUCUCAAAAGUUUGAACCUUUCCGGGUUUCCAUGGACCGGGUACCGAAAUCCGAACCUGGGUCAUCGUCCCCACCCGCGUACGCUUCAACCAUGCCUACAAACCUGAAGGACAUGAGCAUUUCCGAGCUGGUUGCCGUGUUGCGCAGUGCAUUUCAGACGGAGGAUUUUGAUGCAGUGGAAGAGGUUCUGGAGAGUAGAUACGCGGAGGUGAUGCCAUUGCGGGAGAAGAUGGAGUUUGAGAGGUUGGGAAGGAUGCAUGCUGAGGCAGAGUUGAGAGAGAAAGAGGAAGAGUGUGAGAGAGGGAAGAAGAGUAAGGAGAUUUAUGAGAAGCUGUUGGAGAAUUUGAAGAAAGCUGGUGUUGGAGGUUUGAGGAAGACGAAUGCUGAGUUGGAGCUUGAAUUGAAAGAGAUGAAGAAAAAGAAUGUUGAGUUAGUUUGUGAGAAUUAUUUGAUGAAGGAGAUGGAGAAAAAAUGGGUGGAUGAUAGGAAUAGUAUUGCUAAGAUGAGGAAAAUGAAUGCUGAGUUCGAGGGUGAGAAUUUUGAGCUGAAAGAGAUGGAGAAAAAAUGGAAUAUUAGUAUUGCUGAGAUGAGGAAAAAGAAUGCUGAGUUGGAGGGUGAGAUUAGUGAGCUGAAAGAGAUGGAGAAAAAAUGGGUGGAUGAUAGGAAUAGCAGUGCAGAACUGAAGAAACAGAAUGCUGAGUUAGAGCGUGAGAAUUGUGAGCUGAAGAAAAAAUGGAUUGAUGAUAAGAAUAGUAUUGCUGAGAUGAGGAAAAAGAAUGCUGAGUUAGAGGGUGAGAAUAGUGAGCUGAAAGUGAUGAAGAAAAAAUGGAUGGAUGAUAGGAAUACUAUUGCUGAGUUAGAGGGUGAGAAUUGUGAGCUGAAAGAGAUGCAGAAAAAAUGGGUGGAUGAUAGGGAUAGCAGUAGAGAACUGAGGAAAAAGAAUGAUGAGUUAGAGCAUGAGAAUUGUGAGCUGAAGAAAAAAUGGAUUGAUGAUAGUAAGGCUUUAGAUGAGAUUAGGAUCAGGGCCAGUGUGUUGAAGGAAGAGAAGGUUAAUGCUCACAAAGAUUUGGUUGCUCUUAGGAGGAAAAACGGUGAAUUGGAGGAAGCAAGGAAGAAAGAUUUGGCAACCGUGGAGGAGCUCAAGGCUGAGAACCGCAAAUUGGCGGAUGAGAAGUGUGAGGCUGAGGAGCUGGUUGAGUCUUUGAAGAGGAAAUUUGGGGAGAUGAAUGAACGGGUUGCGAGGUUGGAGGAAGAUACAAGGAUUCUGAUGAGUGCAGAUGCUGGUGGUGGAAAUGUUGAGGGGGAUUCUCCAGCUGGUCUCAGGGCUGGUUUUGGAGUCAAUGAUGAGGAGGACAUUGGUGACUAUGAGUUUGGGAAUGACACUGGGGGUACUAUGAAAAGAAAUGAAGAUAUUCACCACUCUCUUGGUGGUGUCGCUGCUCCACCCUCAAGCAAAGGUUCCAAGGAUGCUAGAGGUGCACCAGCUGGCAGAAUGGUGAUAUUGGAGAAUGGUGUUGAGAUAAUAAACCUAGUUGAUAGUGAUGAUGAUGAUGAUGAUGCUGGAUGCACGUCACAACAAUUGCAUGGAAAGAAGACCCUUUCUGGAAUUACAAUUAAGCAUGAGCCUCAAAGUUUGUCCGGACAAGUCCACAAAAAAUACACUCCUGCAUUUGGAUUGCUCAAAAGAAAACUGCCCUUUUCUGAUUCCUCUUCUAGCCCUAGUUCUUCUGAAGACGAAUUAGAUGUUGAAAGUCUUCCAAAAAGUUUUGUUCUUAGCAAGAGAAGUAAAACUUAGGCAGACAGUUUUAGGUUAAACUCUUUGCCUGGGUACUAUGUUCAAUAUCCCUAUCAGACAUGCCCUUCUAUUAAUUUAUUUAGAAACAAUUAACUUGGUCCUUUUUUCUAAAUUCUGGUUCACUGGUGAAAUCAAGAGCAGGUGGUUCUCUUACCAAUCUUCAACAUGGAAGUUUAGGCUAGUUCUUAGUUUUGAAAAUGUAACGUUGGUUUGCGUGUUGUUGAUAUGGGAAUCGGCUGGAAUCACUGUAGUUUGUAUGUAAGUUGACUUUAUUUAACUGAUAGAUUCAAUGAUAUCUACUUUGUUUGGCUAA